AAUUUGCUAUGGGAGAGGACAUUGCGAAGGGAGAGCAGCAUGGCGAUAAGAGCAGCAGUUCAAGUCAGUUCUCACGUUUUCGAUUCUCCUUCUUUCUCUUUACUAAGUUCGAUUCCGUCUUCAUCAUUGCCAAGUAGGCCCCGAAACCCCAAGUCCUGGAGGUGCCUCGGACGUUCUAGAAUCGCCAAGAGCUCUCGUUCUCAUGGCAUCUGCGGCACAAGAAUGUCAACGGUGGAGCUUGAAGCAUCUUUCGUUGUAAAAAAGAAAGCUGCUGAGAUUUCCAAUGAACUGAAAGGCACGUCCAUAUUUCUUGUUGGGAUGAACUGCACGAUGAAAACCAACUUGGGGAAGGUUUUAGCUAAUGUAUUGAAAUACUACUACUUUGAAAGUGAUAGUGUAGUUGAACAAGCAACUGCUGGCGCCUCUGCUGCUAAAUCCUUUCAACAGAGAGAUGAUGAAAAAUUUCAAGAAUCUGAAACUGAAGUUCUAAGGCAGCUAUCUGCUAUGGGUCGUCUGGUAGUCUGUGCAGGGGAUGGUGCUGUGCAAAGUUCAACAAAUCUGGCUUUUUUGAGGCAUGGCAUAUCACUGUGGAUUGAUGUUCCCCUAGAUAUGUUGGCAGAUGAAGUAUUGAGGGCUGAAGGCUCCUCUCCUGACUUGGAAAUACCACCAGAUGAUGAUCAUUUCUUUGAAAUGGACAAUCUUGCUACACGUUAUAAUGAAUUGAAAGGUGGAUAUGCAACAGCUGAUGCUACGGUGUCACUCCUAAAGGUUGCCUCAGAGCUUGGCUAUGAGGACUUGAACUCAGUUAGUCCAGACGACAUGGCAGUGCAGGCUUUGAAAGAAAUAGAGAGGCUUACUAGGUUUAAGAAGAUGUUAGAAGAAGCAGCUAGACCAUUUUAAUUGCUCGAACAUGUAGUUUUCACUGUGUUCAUAGCGCGAGCUUCUAAAAGGGAAUUACUGAAUUGGGACCGUCGAUUUUUAUUUUUCAGGUAGAAAUAUAUUUCUUUUUUGAGUCCAUGUGUACUACUAAAGAACUUUAAAGCUGUAACAGUAAGAUGCAUUGAAUCAUUUUUGUAAUUUCUCUUGUAUAAUUAUAAUUCCAUUCUUUUGUUUUAUAUUUGGAUCCUUUCUUCAUGCUAACAUCAUCUUAUUUAUGAACAA